ACUGAUUAUGAUAACGUUUUGCACCAAAUAUAUACACGUGCGCAUUGGUUUUCUCAUUGUACAUUUACAUUGAACGUGCAAGAUUCAUCAUAUAAAUAGUCAAAUAAAUCAUUGCCAAACCUUUUGACAUAAAUACAUAGACCUAAAUUCCAUUCUUCAAAUUAUUUAAUUUCCUCUCUCUAUAUAUAUAUUUGACUAGUUUUAUGCAAACCAGAGAAAUCUAUCAAAUUAUUAAGAAACAGACAAAAAAAAAGAUGGCUGCAAAACCAGGUACAACAAAUAUGAUGCCAAUCAUAAGCAAAGUAUACUGUUCACCUUCUGAGGUGGUUCUCGCCGUCAGGAGGCGGCCGAACGUGGCCAACGGCGGUGGUUUCGCGGUGGCAGAUUCCAAACAAAGGGUCGUUUUCACCGUCGAUGGAUGUGGAGUUAUCGGCAGGAAAGAAGAGCUGAUUCUCAGGGAUGGAGAAGGAAAUUCUUUACUCCUCAUCAGGCGGAAGGGAGCGAUAGUUGAAGUACUGAGCCUGGCAAGGCAAUGGACAGGGGUCACCUACGAUUUCCUAGGAUCGCACAAACUUGUUUUCACCUUAAAAGAUCCGUACAACUCGUGUUUUUCGAACAAGAGUCCGAUUAGAAUCUCGAUCGAAUCGAAGGAGUGCUCGAGUUACGGGAGCUUUGAGGUGCGUGGCGAUUUUCCCGGGAGAUCCUGCAGCAUUGUCAGCUCCAGAGGAGAUGUAGUAGCAACGGUGCAGCAAGUGAUGGCAAGUAGGGAUUUGUACCAUGUUGAAAUAAAGGCGGGAAUGGAUCAAGCUUUUGUUUUUGGUGUUAUUGCUGUUCUUGAUUACAUAUAUGAUGGAUCCACUAGAUGCUGAAUUAUUUAGUAAUUAAUUAUUGCCAAUUUUUUAA